AUGUUGUAUAUUAGACUCUGGCGACUUGAUCCUUAUGUUGACAAAUUUAUAAUUUACGCCGGAGGUACUUCUUUCUCAGGAAACAAACGAAACUUAUCUACAUACCCUUUUGAGAAAGAAAUAAGUCAGUAUGAAUCAAAAAUUCAUUGGAUUACAGAAGAUGCAGGAUGCACACUAUUAGAUUCAAAGCUUUUCAAAGGUACAUGGUGCAGAGAGAAUUCCGCACGAAGUGCUAUUUACCCAGCAUUAAAACAAUACGGACCAAACCAAGAAGAUUUUAUAAUCUUUUCAGAUCUCGACGAAAUACCAAUAAGAUACGCCAUGGAGAUACUUCAACUAGAGCCACCAGAGACAGGCUAUGUUUUAGGUGGUUACUCCUCAUCUCCAAACUUCUUUUCUUUGAUAGAAAGAUGGGAUCUCGUCAGAUACUUUAGAUGGUUUAAAGAUUUUGAUAGAAUGUCAGAGGCAAGAGGCUUCAAUUUCAGUUUGUUCUAUAUUUUCCCAGCAGCUACGCAUUGUACUUCAUGUUUUGAUACUUAUGAAAAAUAUCAAAACAAAUUACAAACUUUUUCCCAUAAAAGUUUGAACAAGAAGCCAUACAAUACUCCAAACUUCAUAUUUAAGCAGAAUUAUUGUAGAACCAAUAUCUGGGGAAAGAGAUUUGAAGAAAAUUUUUCAAAUUUACGAUAUCUAGUUCCAAAACAUCCUAAAUUAAGAUAUUUAUUGGAUCCAACUUUUAUGUUAGAUCCAAAUAGAACAACAUAUCGCGAAUUCGAGUAUUUAUCCCUUUGUUCUGGAGAUAAUUAUAAUAGAAAUCCACUUGAUGACUUUACGAUUGGUUGGGACUAA